ACUGUAGAUCAGUGGAAUAAACAGCCGAAAUGAUAUCAACAUACCAUUCGAUUAAACCCAAUGUAGUUUAUCAUGAUAAAUACAUGUCUAAUGCAAAAACAACAAAACACAUGUAAAAGCAACCCUUUUAGAAAAGUGAAGAAUAUUCUAAACAUGUGUCUUUGACACCUGGCGGAUGGAAGGUGCAACAACAGAAUCAGCAGCAGACGUUUCCUUACAGCCGCAGUCUACGAGCCACCAGAGGCAAAGAGGAGUGACUUGCACAGUUUUGAAAGCAAGCAGGGAAAAUGGCAGACGCCGAGGACGAGAAGCUACCGUCCGGGUGGGAAAAGCGGAUGAGCCGCAGUUCCAGUAGAGUGUACUACUUUAACCACAUCACCAAUGCCAGCCAGUGGGAGCGUCCGGUGGGGUCAGGUGAUGGGAGUGGCGAGCCAGACAAGGUGCGUUGUUCCCACCUCCUGGUGAAGCAUAGCCAAUCGCGUCGCCCGUCCUCCUGGAGGGAGGAGAACAUCACACGCUCCAAAGAGGAGGCCCUCGACCUCAUACAAAAGUACAUAGAGCAGAUGCAGUCAGGAGAGGAGGAGUUUGAGGCUUUGGCCUCUCAGUUCAGUGACUGCAGCUCCGCACGCAACGGAGGAGACCUGGGACUGUUCGGCAGAGGUCAGAUGCAGAAGCCUUUUGAGGAUGCGUCCUUCGCUCUGAAGGUGGGAGACAUGAGUGGUCCGGUGUUCACCGAUUCUGGAGUUCAUGUCAUCCUUCGCACGGGAUAGAGACAAGGCUCUGAUACCUCCUGAAUACCCCCAUCGCCCCCUGAAUACUCCCUGAAUACCCCCGUCACCCCCUGAAUACCCCCGUCACCCCCUGAAUACCCCCGUCACCCCCUGAAUACCCCGUCACUCCCUGAAUACCCCGUCACCCCCUGAAUACCCCCGUCACCCCCUGAAUACCCCGGUCACCCCCUGAAUACCCCCGUCACCCCCUGAAUACCCCCGUCACCCCCUGAAUACCCCCGUCACCCCCAUCACCCCCUGAAUACCCCAUCACCCCCUGAAUACCCCCGUCACCCCUGAAUACCCCCUGAACACCCCCAUCCCCCACUGAAUACCCCCAUCCCCCACUGAAUACCCCCAUCACCCCCUGAAUACCCCCAUCACCCCCUGAAUACCCCCAUCACCCCCUGAAUACCCCCUGAACACCCCCUCCACCCCUGAAAACCCCCUCCUAUCUCCCACCCCCUCAAAUACCCCCUCUUGUCCUCCCUACUACCCUUAGAAGCCACCCCUUCCACCUCAAAUACCCCCCCCCACCGUUCUGUUCUAUAUGCAACUUCACACUGACACCAUCAACACCCCUUAUCCCCUGCACCCAUUACCAUGGCUACAUCGCUGUGUGUGUGAAAAUAAGAGACCUGUCGUUAGUGACUGACUGACUGAAUGAGUGUGAGUCUGUGUGUUCACAUGGACCAUUACCCCUCCACCCCUCCACUUUAUAGUGUCCCCUGUCUGUUUGCCAAGGCAUUAUUCUCUCUCAAUGAUAACAUGUCAGAUGGUUAGUGGUAGACCAGUGUUCCAUACUCUCUCAUAGGAGACCGACACGUAGAAGGCUGACUCGUGGGAUUAUUUAAACGGUGGGAAAAUAGUCCAUUGUCUGCCAUGUUUGUAGUCCCCCUCCUCCAUUCCAUUUACUGCUUCACUGUAUCUCCAAUGUUCCAGGGAACUACAAUACCCAGUAUGCAUGUGGGGGAAGUGUUUUUGUAAGCUUGAAUCUGCUGAGAGGCACUUCAUAUGAUCUGUUCAUCUCCCACCAUUAAAGGACUCUUAUUUUGUAAA